AUGGAUGUUUGUUUUCCCCUUUGCCUUUGUGAUGAUGGUGGCAGGAUCGACACCGCGGGCGUCAUCAUCCGGGUGAAGACACUCUUCAGCGGCUACCCGGAGCUCAUCCUCGGCUUCAACGCCUUCCUGCCCAAGGGCUUCGCCAUCAAGCUGCAGGACAUCGACGGCACCGGCGACAAGAAGCAGCCCGUCGACUUCAUGGAGGCCAUCAACUUCGUCAACAAGAUCAAGGCCAGGUUCCAGGCCCAGGACCACGUCUACAAGGCAUUCCUCGCCAUCCUCAACAUGUACCGCAUGCACAACAAGUCCAUCCAGGACGUAUACCAGGAGGUUGCCACGCUGUUCCACGACCACCCCGACCUGCUCGAGGAGUUCAAGCAUUUCUUGCCUGAUACGUCCAACGCUCCGCAAGUGCUGGCCGCUCCUAAAGCCGUCUCCGCCAAAUAGGAAGCCCCGGCCGUGCCUUCUGCCAGUGCCAGGAAUGUGCAGAGCAUCAAGAGAGAGAGGCCUCAGCCAUCAACUGCUGAGCGUGACAGCAGUGUUGAUCGCCCUGAUCUCGAGCAUGACCCUGACAGAAAGCGUGUCGACAAGGAAAAGGAUCGUAAGAUCGACCGGGACA